GAAAUGAAGAGAAACCUUAGACAACCCCACACCAACAACAUGGCAGACUGUUUAACAAAUACUGAAACAUUAUCAAUUAUUUUUUACACAAAUCGAAAAUAAUCAUGAAAGAGAUGAUAGGAGGAUGCUGUGUUUGUGCCGAUGAAAGAGGAUGGGACGAAAAUCCGUUGGUUUACUGCGAUGGUUCGCAGUGCACGGUUGCUGUUCACCAAGCAUGCUACGGAAUAAUAUCAGUACCGACUGGACCAUGGUAUUGCAGAAAAUGUGAAUCUCAAGAAAGAGCAGCUCGAGUAAAAUGUGAAUUAUGUCCUCAAAGAGAGGGUGCCAUGAAACGAACAGACAGUAAUGGGUGGUGUCACGUUGUUUGUUCCCUCUAUAUUCCUGAAGCUUGGUUUGGUAACGUAGAAACUAUGGAGCCUAUUAUACUUAAGAGUGUUCCUGAUGAAAGAUACGGAAAGACAUGUUACGUCUGCGAACAAAACAACAGAGCAAGCAAAGCCACGACCGGAGCUUGUAUGCAAUGCAACAAACCUGGUUGUAAGCUGUAUUUUCACGUGACAUGUGCUCAGUCUGUUGGUCUAUUGUGCGAAGAGCAGGGAGCAAUGAUGGACAAUGUCAAGUACUGCGGAUACUGCAAUCAGCAUUUAAGGAAAUUGAAGCGAGAUGGAACAUACAUUAAGGUCAUUCCGGCAUUUAAACCGGUCGCUGAAUCCGACAAGUCGCCGGAAAAGGGUCGAGAAAGUAAUUCAUCUUCCACUUCAAAGUUUACAUCAGCUAAUUUCCAAGAAAUUAAAUCUAAUACUGAUGAAAAAAUUGCUAAGAAGAAGGGAGAACACUCAAGAAAGAAUUCUUCAUCUUCAACAGCCAGUAGUUCAUCUACAGAAUCUUCCAGUUCUUCUUCCUCGUCGGAGAAUAAGCAGACUCAAAAUAAGGCUGCGUUAAAAGCACCUCCGAAGGAAAUGAGUGCCACUACUAAACCAUCGUCGCAGUUCCUACCGAAUACUUCUGCCUAUUCGUAUUCAUUUGAUACUUUUGUUAAGCAAAACCCAAAUUCUGAUUCGAAAAAAAAAGAAGAUAAGGAUACAGAAAAGGAGAAAGAAAAAGAAAAAGAAAAAGAUAAGGAGAAAGACAGGGAAAGAGAGAGAGAGAAAGAAAAAGAGAAGGAGAAAGAGAAGGAGAAAGAAAAGGAAAAAGAAAAACCGUUAUCGAUGGAAAAGAAGAAACAACAAAAAAGGACUAAAUCUCCUACAAAAACCGUCAAAGAUUAUUUAACUAAUCCGUCAAGUUCUGGUGACGACGUUAAAAAUAAAAUUCCUGCCAAAAAGUCUAGAAAAGAAAAAUCUUCGGGCUCUACAUCUGCAUCAUCUAGUGUUGAUAAUACUCCAAAAUUAUCUUCUUUGGUCAGUACGGCAAAUUCUAAUUCAAAUUCAAAUUCAAAUGCUAAUUCAUCAGCUGCAGUGGAUGGAAAAACUAGCUCAGGCCUUUUUACCCCUCUAAAACCAGGACUGAAAAACAAACAAUCUCUCCUUCAAUCUCUGACUUCAUUUAGCUCAAAUUCUCAAAUGCCAACAACAAUGGAACAGUUAUUGGAACGACAAUGGGAACAAUCCUCCCAAUUUAUGCUGGAACAAACCUCUCAGCAUUUCGAUAUUGCAGCUAUGAUUCAAUGUCUUUACCAACUACAGCACGAGAAUAUGAAGUUAGAAGAACAGAUCUCAAGAUUGGUUAUGAAAAAGGAGCAACUUUUAUCAAUAAAUGCUCGUCUGUCAUUGCCUUUAUCCGCUACCGCCGCUCUUGGUGCGCAAGGAGGAGUUACUGGCUUAGACGCUCAGAUGUCGAGUUCAAUAACGACAUCUGUAAGAAAUGAAGCGAAUAAACCAUCAAAUACGUUGUCAAUCGCUUCCUUUACAAAUUCACUUACAUCAGGGUCAAUGUCGUUCAGUGAUACGAAAAGUACCAAUAAACUUGGUAAUACUUCCGAUAUACAUCAUCAAUUGAUGCAAAAUCAGUCAAUUUUGAGUCAUGCUGCAACAUCGUCAUUAAUGUCAUCAGCUUUUUCUCAGGCUUCCCAAAAAUCCUUUUUUAAUUCGAGUAAUAAUGAAAAACCGGGAAAAUCUUGA